CUGUAAAAUAAGCUAAUACUGCAGCAAGAAGUGACUGAGUGAGCCUCCUUCUCAGUGUGUGGAAAACGGAAGGGAGAAGACCAAGCGCGGAUUGAUAUUGACACUGAUAAAAACCUCUCAUCUGACUGAACACAGAGAUGGCCGCCAUCCGGAAGAAGCUGGUGAUUGUCGGGGACGGAGCAUGUGGAAAAACCUGUCUUCUGAUUGUUUUCAGUAAAGACCAGUUUCCUGAAGUCUACGUCCCGACAGUGUUUGAGAACUACAUUGCUGAUAUCGAGGUUGAUGGGAGACAGGUGGAGUUGGCGCUGUGGGACACUGCAGGCCAAGAGGACUACGACAGGUUGAGGCCUCUCUCCUACCCAGACACAGAUGUCAUCCUCAUGUGCUUCUCAAUUGACAGCCCUGACAGUUUAGAAAACAUCCCUGAGAAGUGGACGCCCGAGGUGAAGCACUUCUGUCCCAAUGUUCCCAUCAUCCUGGUGGGGAACAAGAAGGACCUGAGGAAUGAUGAGAACACACGGAUAGAGCUGACGAAGAUGAAGCAGGAGCCAGUCAAGGCAGACGAAGGCAGAGACAUGGCGGACAAGAUCAAUGCAUUUGGCUAUUUGGAGUGCUCCGCCAAGACCAAGGACGGCGUGCGGGAUGUGUUUGAGAUGGCCACCAGGGCGGCGCUGCAGGUCCGCAAGCGCAAGAAGAGAAGCGGUUGCACUCUGCUGUGAACGGGUUCAAACACCACUAAAAACCAACUGACCAACAAACACAAGAGAAGAAACUGCAUGAAAAGGACUCACCUUUUACCAAGUGGCAUCUCUGUAAUGUAUUUGGCAUAUCACGAUCAGGGGCAGGCAGAUGAAAUCCAACGUAAAUGCACCUAAUACAGGAAGUAGACGUUAUGUCUAGAUUACGACGCUUCUUAGAAAUUGAUGUUUAAAGGUUUCUUGUUGAUUUGCAUUUAAUUUUAUUUUUUUCCAAAUCUGCUAUUACUCAUGGAAUGUUUUCCCACUUUUUUUCCCCUUUUUUUCUUUGUAAGGUUAAUGUUAUAAGGCCGAGAUAAAGUCAGCCGUUUGUUUGCAAUGUUGUUCUUCACGAGCUCGGACAAGCAAUAACCUUAGUUUGUUAUCUGAGUAAAGUCUUGUCCACACUGUCCUGUUCGCAUCAGUUCUUGGUCAUAAUAGAGAAUGAAAUGUGGAUUUAUUUUUAAUUGCAAGAGCUAGUGCCUUUUUUUGUUUGUUUGUUUGUUUGUUUCCACACCACCGUCGACUUGUCGUGUUUGUCAGCGAGCUAAAGUUUCGGCCUCUCCAUUGUGUUGUAGCUCAUCUUACACGGCAUUGUCACCGUGACACCCGUGCGAAUCCACCAUAAAGGCUUCCAGUGCCGUUUGCCACUCACAGAGCUGAAAAAAUCUUGGCACUCCCACGGCGUUCUUCAUUCCCAGUGCACUCACACUGAGGAUGAAGAAGAUGGCGUCUCUGUAAUAUGAUCACGGCUAACAAAAUAGUGAGCUCCCGUGUCUGUAUGACAUCGACGAUGAUUCACAUGCACUCUGUGUCAGUGGAUGUUGAUGUAGUGGAGUCGGUGUCAAGCCAGUAUGACUCAACUAUGCACAAAACGCUGUUUGGACCUACUGGGAGAUGACACGGCUCCAACAGGAAUGACACAAGGACCACGGUGUAGUGAAACCUCCCUUGUUUGUUUAUCGCAGGUGACUGAGUUUAGCAGCGACGCAACAAUGUAAACGAGCCGGUCCCGCCUGCCGUGAUCCCGUCUGACGGGUUGGCCCGCUCUUGGAAAUGCCCCGUCCGUCGCGUGUGCGGAAGUUUCCAGUCGGAUGACAUUCUUUACGUGUUUCAGGGGAGCUCACUUGUGUGUGUGUGUGUGUAUGAGGCAUUUGUUGUUGUUGUCCCUGGAGCCUUCUCUGUUCUGCUGUGCCUUCAGGUUGUCCUCCCUUUCAGACCAGGUGGACCAGCUGCUUGAUGCGAACCUGAUACUAGGUAACACAGUCAAAGGUCACACUGUAGGCGACCUCAGAUUAUGAAGAUGGCUAUUUAGCUUAUAGAAAUAUCUCCCCUUGUGAAUACAUCUAUUAAUGCACUCUCAACGUUUGUUCUAUCUUGAUCGGCCUGAUUAUGCUGUUUCAGUAAGGAUGACUCAUGACUUCAACUUCACCGGAGAAACACGUAGCUGAAGAGAUGAUGACCUUUGACCUUUCAGAGCUGCUGCCAAGAAUUCAGCUGUGUACAAUUCAAUGUGUUGCAUUGAGCUUAAAGGACGCUUCACUGCAUUCCUUAACUCCACCUCAGUCGUUCAUGCUACGUCGUGGUGCGUGUGGCCAUUAGUUGCAUGUUGCUGUCAUUAAAGGAGGGUGAAGAAAUGUGUGUGUGUGUGUGUGUGCAGAAUCAUGUUCGAUGUUGCAUGAAACGUCCUCACGAUGCCAGGAUAAGCUACAAUCUGCCCAAACGGCAUGGUCUGUACCUACAAUUAUGUUGUAUGACUUUACACCCUCUACUGGCCGAGCACAUGCUAUGCUCCUAAGUGGGUGAUUCAGUGGAGGAACCACAACUUGCUUUUUCUGCUUAGGUUUUUCUGAGAAAAUUGAAAAUGGGGGCAUUGUUUGACUACAAUUGCACAGAAGCACCAUCACGACCCUGUCUUGCAUCACUGUAGAAUCCUUAACACUUAAAUAAACAAGAGAAAAUAAUGAUAAACAUGUUCCAAUUAUAAGCACAAAGUGCUUUCCAAGUAACAACUGGACAACUGAACAACUGAACAAAAUGACAGCAUACACAUGUAUAUCAAAAACCACUGAGCACACAUUGAUCUUACAAUGGAGGUAAAUGUACAUAGGACAUAAUGUAUGGCUAACGGGAUAAAUAGGAUUAAAUGUGAACACAAGGAGACUAGGGUCCUUUAAAUCAGGUGAAAGAUCAUAUACAUUUAAUUUUUGGACCAUCGUGUUCCCAGGAAUUCUUCCGAUUUAGAUUGUUGAAUAACUUUCCCAGCUGCACAAACGAUGAAAGCGUUCCCAUGGAGAUGCAGCAGAGGGUCUGGUGUUGAACAUGAUAUCACAAAAAGUGAUGCAGCUGUUGAUAUCUGAAGGCAGAUGUGCCACUGUGUUAAAAGUUGUCCUUGCAGUACAAAAUAAAAACCACAACACAAACACAGCCAGGCAGCACCUCUGCUCGGUGUUCUGGAACUUUUCCUUUAGCAAAACAAAAACAAAAAAAGUAUUUGAAAAGUUUAAGGAUCCAGAUUUUUAGGUCAUUGUAAUCAUGCUUUGUAAACAGGAAAAGUGUAAAAGUGUUGUAGUGAAUGUUUGAUCUGAGGUGAACGUGAACAUUGUUAAUAAACUAUUUUUGAGACAAGACCGA